CCUGCUGUCAUCCUGCCACAGCCGUUGGCGCUAGCUAGCUUGAAUUGCCUUCAGGAAUGACUUCUAACAUCGCUCUACCUCAGUGACAUUUAGCCUGCGUUAGUACUGCGGAACUGUUGGAGGCCAUGGGUCUACCACAGAGCUCGUUUCUCUCGGACGGGGGAACUAAUAGUGGAUAUCAUGUCCAUGGGGUUCAAGAGGAUUCACCUGCCCUGAAGGCUGGUCUGGAGCCCUUAUUUGAUUUCAUUCUCUCUAUAGGAAACACCAGACUUAAUAAAGAAAGUGACUUGCUGAAAGACCUUCUAAAAGCCAAUGUGGAGAAAGCGGUCAAACUUGAAGUGUACAACUCUAAAACCCAGCGGGUGAGGGAACUGGAAGUGAUACCCAGUAAUAUGUGGGGUGGUCAGGGUCUGCUGGGGGCCAGUGUCCGCUUCUGCAGCUUUGAAGGAGCCAAUGAGAAUGUUUGGCAUGUGUUGGAUGUGGAAGCCAGUUCUCCUGCAUCUUUAGCCGGCCUUAUUGCUCACAACGACUUUAUUGUGGGAGCUGACCAGGUGUUGCAAGAUUCAGAGGAUUUCUUUUCUUUGAUUGAAGCGAAUGAGGGGAAACCUCUGAAGCUGUUGGUGUACAACACACAGACUGACCAAUGCAGAGAGGUUGUGGUGACUCCAAAUGGAGCGUGGGGAGGAGAGGGAAGCUUGGGCUGUGGCAUUGGCUAUGGCUACUUGCACAGAAUCCCAACACGUCCAGCUCAGCAUAACCCCCAGAACAAAAAUGUGCUGCAGUCCACGAUGAUUGGCAGCAGUGAAGGGCUGGUUGCUAGUGACCACAAUGAGGUGCCUUCAGUGGCUGCAUGUAGCCCCUCUAGCAUCAGUGAAGUAGAUUUUAAUCAAGGUGAAGGAGCUGUGCAAGACUUGUGUGCAACCUCACCCACACAGCCAGCUGUAGAAUUAGAUAUUUCCAACAAUCCUGAAGCGAUGACGCCAGAGUUGUCAAACACUGGCCAGAGCUCCAUGCUUGCUAAUUAUGGAGAUGACUCUGGUGAUCAGUGUAGCUUGGAUACCUCAUCUGUCAACCAAAGACAUUCAUUCACUGGAGAAGACUCAGACACCCAGACCGAGCAGGAAUGUGUUACUGACAUGAUCGCCGCCGCUUCUCUGAGCGGAGAGACUGCGGACGCCCUCGUAGGCCUUGAAGUCGCCACAGAGAGCCUGAGUGACCAGAGUAUCCCAGAGGUGCAAGAGACCAGUUCUGAGCCCUCAAGGUCAGCAGAUAUUCCAGAGGAGGAGACGUCGGAGACUGCUGCGCCAGACAGUUAAGAAGUAGCUGCAUUAGAGGAAAUUUAGAGCACACUAUGAUACAGAUUGCUUCCCUUAAGAUUGUAAGUUGCAUCACUGAAAUAAUGUUUUAAUUUCUAAGAGUUUUAUUUAUAUACAGGUGCCAUUGCGGCACGCUGAAUUGCACAUUUAAGAAGAAGAUUUUAUGUUGACUGGAAAACAGGUGGGAAGGUUAAUACAAUCUGAAUGUACUCUCCAAUUUAGUCAUACCGUAUGUCUCAUCAUCAAGCAGGAUGAAGCUUUAGAUGAGACUUAGUUGCUGUUAAACUCCAUCCUAGGUUGCACUAAAAAGCCAAAGGUGAAUAAUAUUUUAUCUUGUUGCUCUUACCGUUAUCGCCUGCUAAAUAGUACAAAACACUGUUAUAAACAGAGAGUUUGAGCUGGAGUUCACACAGAUCCAUCAUGUGGUUUUAUUUUUUUAUGUUUUGGAAUUUGGGGGUUUGAUGUUUUUAUUGUCCUGUGGAUUGAGUUUGAGAUGAGUAGACAUGUAAAAAAAAAAAAGGUUAUUUUAAUCUCAGGCAUUUACCAUGUAAGCCUCUUUGCCUUACGUCUCAUUUUAAAUACCCUCCUGUCUUAUGUGUAAGUUUGACUUUUGAUUGGCGUAAGUGAGUGAGCCAUGUUUGAUGCAGCUCUCUGAUUGUUUCUUCUCUUUAUAUAGAUUUUAAUUCAAUUGUGUUUCAGAUUUUUAUGGAUGGACUAAAAUAUUCAAAUAUUUAUAAAAAGAAGAUGCUCAAGAUAA